AUGUCUUCACUACCCACUACCAUGAUCACUAUGGCCUACACCACCGCCAAUGCCACUGCCGCCAUGGUCACCGGCACUGUGCCCACCCGCCCACCAUUCACUCAUCCUACCCACAACGAAGCUCCAACUACCGGCAAGACCGUCAACACGAGCAUCAUCCUCGUCGUGUGCGCAACCUUCGUGAUCAUCUUUACGCUGAUCGGCUCCGUUACUGCUCUCAAAGGCAACUUCAGAAGAGCCUCAGCCAGGGCUAGACCAGCUUCACCCGCCGAAACCGGCUCUCUGCGUCGUUUCGCCCGGCGCCCCAGCCUCCGGAGAAAUCGGCCGUACUCGCCAGCUGACUCACUCUCCAGUGUGUCCAGCACCGACACGACCGACACGCUCAUCGAGCUCACCGUGCCUUCCCAGGCCGUGGCGAGACCUUGA